AUGUCGUCUCAGAGCCCAUCAGCACGACAAGAACAACCACGGUACUUUUGUUACAGCUGCAAUGCCGAAGUACCCAUCUAUAUGGCCCCCGAUCCGACCUGUCAGCAUUGUAAUGAGCAAUUUGUUCAAGAGAUUGAUGCUGAGAGUGAUCCCCAAAGCUUUCUAAACGGUGGACACGAUGACGCAGUAAACGACGACGAAGGCGGCCACCGUCCACAUGCUUAUUUUCGAUACGAUAGCCGAGCCGGGAACGAGGAUGAUGUGUUACAGUUUCUGGAUUCCUUUGCACCGAGAGACGAGGAUGGUGGUGGUGGUGGUGGUCAAGGAGGCAACAAUCGACCUUCCAUACCUGCCAUGUCAGCCAUGUUACAGAAUAUGGUGACCAUGAUGUUGCAACAAACAACUGAAGCUAGUAUGGGUGGUGGGCCUAUGGCUGCUGGUGCCGCCGGUGGUGGUAAUACGACGGCUUCUGGUACAGGAAAUGAGGAUGGUACAACAACAACAUCAACCGAGAACAAUGAACAAGGAGAGAAUCAACAACGACGUGGUGGUCAUCCACAACCUGUACUCUUUUAUGGUGGUAUGGUGGAUGGCAAUUUUCAAUUACGACCUAUGCCAAUGCCAACAGCACAACCACGAGGUGGUGAAGAAGGAGAAGGUGGAAACACUACUGGAGAAGGUGGUGGUCAAGGAACAGGUGCUGGUGAUAAUCGUAUGAAUGGUAUUAGCAGUUUAUUGCAACUCUUGGCUGGCUUGGGAGAAGGCAUGGUUGGCAAUCCAAAUGAUUAUGUCUUUUCACAAGAUGGAUUUGACAAUAUCAUUACUCAGCUGAUGGAGCAAGCAGGCGGUCGAAAUGCACCUCCUCCCGCAUCCGAGACCGUCAUUGAUUCAUUACCAAAAAGAAAACUGACCGAUGAGGAAGUUGCUGAACAAGUGGAUUGCGCUGUUUGUAAGGAGGAAUUUGUGCCCACCGAGGAAGCUAUCGAAUUGCCUUGUCAGCACAUGUUCCACGAAGAUUGUAUUAAACCAUGGCUCAAGGUGAAUGGCACUUGUCCAGUAUGUCGACAUUCCGUUUCGCCUGAAAAGAAGGAUCAACCAGAAAAUAGUCAAGCAUCAUCUGAUGGUGGUGAUAAUGCACGUUCUUCGACUUCCAAUGCGUCUACUUCCACUGAUCAACAAGGCAACAAUCGAUCCACCUUUCAACAAACAAUGAUGGAGAACAUGCGUCGAAUGUAUUUCCCAACAGCCGCAGGAUGGACAGCACGACCUGCUUCAGAAUCACCCCAUAACAACAACAAUCAAGCAUCGUCAAGCGAUCAUAAUGGAAGCAACAACAACAACAACAACUCUAAUACCCCUCAGCACCAACCAUCCUCCGAUUCCACCCACAACAAUGAUAAUAUGGAUCUUGACCUUGAUUAG